UCAACGCGUAAAACUUGGAGCUCAAGAUGUUUGUAUACAAAUAACUCGAACGAAUAAAAUGGAUAAGAUGUAAAUGCGACCGACCUUGCAGCGUUUACGGUUCAUUCGUUUUGAUCAAUCAAUUAAAAAGUGUUAACAGUCGGGACUUUCGCGUGCGUAUUAUUCGUUUUGUGUUCGUUUAAAACUACUUCGGUAAGUUACUUAAAAACCUACGCCUAAAACGGACGACGGAUUGGUUUUAUUUUUUUUUCUACAUCCGCCUUCGUUCGCUUUUUCUUAAUACUUUAACCUCAAAAUAUGGGUUGACUCUGACAACCUGUUGCUUUUGAGAAACGGCAGCUUUCGACGAUUUUUUGCUAUACGAUGUUCGACGAUAUUCACUUCAAAAUUAAGUGAUUUAUAAUGUACAAGCCGCCCGCAAAUUCCAACCGGGUCAAAACGAUCAAAAUGCGUUUUGAAAAUCAAGAAACAACAACAAUCCAAAAUACGAAUGUUAGUGGUGUUAAGAAACAUCACAGUGUUGGAGCUAAAGAUCGAAAAGAAGAUAGAAAUAAUGGAUUGGGGCAGGUUGAAGACGAUAUAGAGUUAAAACCAAAGAUUGAGAUGAAAGAGAAUUUAAAGUGUCAAUUAAGUGAUCCUAUAAAAUGUAAUAUAAAACGUACUCCAGCAUUUAGAUUAGAUAAAAACACAUUUAAAGAUAAAGAUCAUGGUUUUCAAAGACAUUAUUAUGGUAGUAUUAAAAGUAAAGUUGAUAAGUUCAGGUUGAUGGAUGAUACAAGACUGACGGGAAGCUGUGAUAAUGAUAAUUUUACAGACGAUGAUAAAUCGGCGGUUAGUAGACUUAUACAGUUCACAAAGGAACCAACAAUUAAUCACAAUAGUUCUGUAAUUAGUAAUAAUGAUGCUAAUUUAACUAAUUCCAAAAAUUUGAAUCAUGACCUAAAUCAACUUGUAACAAAAAUGUUAUAUUCAGAACCAAUUCCGAAAUCACAACGAAAACUUAAACUGGAAAUGAAUAAAAGUGAAGUUACAGAGACAAUACAUAACGUAAAAACGCUGAAAUUAACCGAAACUACUCAAAGUAAACCGAAGAACCAAAUAGAAACAGCCGAAAACGUGAUAGAUAUCUUAAAAAGUGCCGAAUCUUUAAAUGGAAGUGAUACGAUAAAAAACGCCUUAAAGCGGCCAUUACCAGCUGGUCCAGCUCCGAAGAAACCGCCACGAACCUUCCAACAUUCAUCUCCAAAUUCUCAAACCACUAAUCGCAAAUCAUCAACUUUACAAAUUGAAGAUGAUUUCGCAAAAAAGCUCAAUGAUACUCUUCAAAAACAUGAUACUCAAUCAAAAACGAAAAAGGAUCCGAAAUAUAUGUUGGAAAAACUCGAAACUGCUUUAAAAAAUAAUAAAAUUAAAUUGCAAAAACAAAAAAAUUUUGAUUAUUCAUCUGAUGAUGAUAAUUUAAGGUUAACGAAAAGCACCACAUCAUCACCUUUAUUGAAAAGACUGAACGAAACGAAUCAAUCUCAAAAAUUUAAUUUCGGAUGUUUAAAUUCAAUGUGCACUAAACCUACUUAUGAAACGAUAGUUGAAUCGAAGUCGUCGUUUUUUGUCGAUAAAAAUGAACCGAUUUAUGCUGAACCGUAUCAGUUUGAUGAGAUUUUAAGAAAAAAAGAUGCAAAUUCUGGUGACGCCAAAGAAAAGGAGCAAAGAAACAGUCUUUAUUAUAUGAGCAGCCCCAUUUUGGGUCUUGAAAACGUCGAAAAUAAUUCGAAUUUUAAAAUGGAUGACGUUGCCGAUAAAGAAGGGGAGUUAAAUCGAAGCAAAUCUUUAUCAUUUAGUACAUCGGAUAGCGACUCAAACGCUUCAACGCCCAUUGAAUUGGCUAAUUCUUCGAACAGUGCCUUUGUUAAAGAUCUAAUUAAAUCAUUCGAACACAAACAAAAUGAACCGAGCAGGACGAAACGUGGUGGCGGUGUUUGUUUAAGAGAAAGAGCGAAAUCUUUGGAUAGAAACAAUCUUUCAAAUCGUUAUGGGGUGGUUUGCGACAUACAAACACCGCUGAAGGUGGUUCAAAGGGAGGAAAGUAAAUUUGAGAUUUAUGUAAAGACAGUUAGGGCGUUUUCUAUAAAAAGUAUGACUGGUAAACAGUUGUUUCAUUGUUGUUUAUUGGUUGGUUUGGAUGAAAAGUGUCCCUACAUCAAAUCAAAGUUUCCACCAAAUAUUGAAAUUCCUCCAUACAUUGAAAAGUUAUGUUUUCCUGAUAGUGAAGAUCAUAGAAUAAAUUAUAGUGCCAAAGAACAAUGUUACUCCUUAGUUGUAACCGACGAGUCCGGAGAUAGAAUAUAUGGUUAUUGUCGGAGAGUUCUACCUGAAGGAUCUUGUACCUGUCUUCCAUUAGCUUAUUGUAUAUUAACAAAACAUCGCGCGCCUCGAUUUUAUAAACGAAUACUUCAAGAGCUUGAAUCUCAUCAUGGUUUGCCUGAUAAGCAACGAGAGGAAUUGUUGAAGGAAUUUCACCAAUUGGAGUUUCCAAAACCGGGUCAUUCAAUCCGGUUGGAUUUGAGUAAAAUUAUUAAAAGCGAAGUAAAAUAUUAUGACACAAAAAAUCCUACUUCACCAAAAGAUCUGGAGAAUAAUAACGAAAUUAAUCGGAAAAGCGAGGAGGAUUUAAAAUCAUUUUGCGUCGUUGAGCAACCAUGUCCUCAUGGAAUUGUUAAUUUAAGUGGAGGAAGAGGAUCUGGGGAGAAUGGGAUGAAAGAUAAUUGUCCCAUCUGUUCAGAAGUGACAUAUCAAACUUUAGUGUUAACAUUACACCAAGAUAUGAGAUAUGAAGAAACUAAUUUGAAAAAAUUGUGUGAAACCUUACAUGUUAAUUUAUUACAAAAAGUUUUUGAAAAUUUAUUAUUGGAAAGAAAGGUUAUUUUUAUUAGUUGUCAUUUGAGUAAAUUAUCUUCAUGUAUUGAAGCUGUGCAAAGUGUGCUCUACCCAUUUUCAUGGCCACACGCGUUUAUUCCAGUUUUACCAAAAACCCGUUGGGAAAUCGUUGAAGCACCAGCACCGCUUAUUUGCGGUGUUUUAUCAGUAUCGGUUGUUAAUGAUUACAAAAUUGAAAAUGCUAUUGUAGUUGAUUUAGAUUCAAAAGAUAUUAUUCUCGAAAUUGAGGACGACGAAAAAAUCCUUCCAGAGUGCGCAAUAAAAUCGUGGAAGAAAGGUUUAGUAGCUGCAAACAGUAUAGUUACUUCAGAAAAUGAACAUAACGUUUUAUUAAGCGACGCGUUUAUUCGAGUUUUUAUCCAAACUUGUGGCCAUUACAAAGAUUUUAUUAAAGAUAACAGUUUUGAUAGGGAAGGUUUCAAAUUAUUUCCGAAAAGCAAAGGAAUUAAACGAUUUUUGCAAUGGUUUACUCAAACCACCAUGUUUGAUCUCUUUAUUGACGCCGUUUUAACAAAUCCUGGUAGUUUUUACGUUUUUGACAAUCGAAUUAACAUAUAUAGUUCACAAGAUGCGACAUUGAUAUUAGAAAAAAUGAAAGAUUGGAAAAAACUUUAAAUCUCAAAUUUUUUCAAUACUUCGACGCUGGCUGUUAUAUUACAUUUUCAAGUUCUGUAAGAUUAUAUCAAUAUUUAUUAAUGCAAUAAGCUUUAAAAAUUUUUAUUUCAAAAACUAGGAGCUAAUAAAUAGCAGCUGGUUCAAUAACACAAAAAGUAUUGUUUUAUCAUUUCACUAUUUAGUAUUUAUAGUAUUAUUUUUAAAAUAAUUGUUUAAUUUAAGCUCUCUCAGAAACUUCCAUUAGAAAGUGACAUUUUUCAAAUAUUCCAUAAUGUGCCUUAUUUCGUUUUGUAUAUUUAUGUUUCUCUCUAUUGUUAGUUAUUUUUUAUACUGUUAUUUUGUACCUGUUCGAUGUGAACCAUUCGAUACUUAGAUGUUUUAUAUAUUACAGAUAUAAAUAUUU